AGGUGGCGAAACAUGCUGUGUCCAUUCGUCUUGCGGGGUUGACUUGAUCUAUCUAUCUAUCUAUCUAUCUAUCUAUCUAUCUAUCUAUCUAUCUAUCUAUCUAUCUAUCUAUCUAUCUAUCGCUUAUUGUAACGCGUUGUAAUAAUACGAUUUUGAACCUUCUCGGUUCCCGUCAUCAUUGCUCUAAUACCCGGAAGCUGUUCUGUGGACGGUGCCAACAAUAACAACGGUUUCUGGAGAUAAAUCAGAAAAGGACCGGUUAUCGGCAUCAUGUCGGAUAAGAGCGAGCUAAAGGCAGAGUUGGAGAGGAAGAAGCAGCGCCUUGCACAAAUACGGGAGGAAAAGAAGAGAAAAGAGGAAGAACGCAAGAAAAAAGAGGCGGAGCAGCAGAAAGAACCUACUGCGGCGCAGGAUGACUCUGAUCUGGAGAAGAAGAGGAGAGAGACUGAAGCACUGCUGCAGAGCAUGGGAAUAGCACCAGAGGUGCACGCAGCUCCCGGGCCCUUGUCUCCCACUGCCAAAUCUGCAAGUACCCCGAGCGAAGCAGGUAGCCAGGAUUCCGGAGACGGCACCACAGGCCCCAGGACUCUCCACUGGGACUCUGAUCCUUCUACAUUACUGCUUCACUCUGAGCUGGGGCGAGGCCCGGCGAAGCUGAGCAUCGCGAAGGUGACUCAGGUGGACUUCCCGCCCAAAGAGGUGGUGUCUUACUGCAAGGAGACUCAGACCCCCACUACAAAUGAGCAGAAAGAGGUGGAAGAGGAGGAGGAAGAGCUGGCUCCUGUAGAAGCAGUUCCUGAGGUGGAGAAGGACACAUCGGUUCAGGAACAAGAAUUAGAGGUGCCCCCUCAUGAACUGACUGAGGAGGAAAAGCUGCAGAUCCUGCACUCGGAGGAUUUUAUGGACUUCUUUGACCACAGCACACGCAUCGUUGAGAGAGCUUUGUCUGAACAUGUAGAUGUCUUCUUUGACUACAGUGGCCGUGACCUUGAGGACAAGGAGGGUGAAAUGCAGGCUGGAGCGAAGCUGUCGCUGACCAGACAGUUCACAGAUGAACGUUGGUCCAAACACAGGGUGGUCACUUGCCUGGACUGGUCACCACAGUAUCCUGAGCUGCUGGUUGCCUCCUAUAACAACAACGAGGAGGCGCCGCAUGAGCCUGAUGGAGUGGCGCUGGUCUGGAACAUGAAGUAUAAGAAAACUACACCCGAGUAUGUCUUUCACUGCCAGUCUGCAGUGAUGUCCGCCGCGUUUGUGAAGUUCCACCCUAACCUGGUGGUGGGUGGUACGUAUUCAGGACAGAUCGUGCUAUGGGACAAUAGGAGUAACAAGCGAACUCCGGUGCAAAGGACCCCGCUUUCAGCCGCUGCUCACACGCAUCCUGUUUACUGUGUGAAUGUCGUCGGCACCCAAAAUGCUCACAACCUGAUCAGCAUCUCCACUGAUGGUAAAAUGUGCUCGUGGAGUCUGGACAUGUUGUCCCAGCCUCAGGACAGCAUGGAGUUGGUGUUUAAGCAGUCCAAAUCUGUAGCGGUCACUUCCAUGUCGUUCCCGCUGGGCGACGUCAAUAACUUUGUGGUUGGCAGCGAGGAUGGCUCGGUCUACACGUCCUGUCGGCACGGCAGUAAGGCAGGUAUCAGCGAGAUGUUUGAGGGCCACCAUGGUCCAGUUACAGGAAUCCAUUGCCACACAGCAGCCGGCUCUGUUGACUUCUCCCAUCUCUUCCUCACCUCUUCCUUUGACUGGACCGUCAAACUCUGGAGCACUAAGAACAAUAAGCCGCUCUACUCGUUCGAGGAUAACUCGGAUUAUGUGUAUGAUGUGAUGUGGUCGCCUGUUCACCCUGCCCUCUUUGCUUGUGUGGAUGGAGUUGGACAUUUAGACCUGUGGAACCUCAACAAUGACACCGAGGUUCCUACUGCCAGUAUUACAGUGGAGGGGAGUCCCGCUAUGAAUAGGCUGAGGUGGGCACAGACAGGCCGAGAGAUCGCUGUGGGAGACUCUGAUGGACAGGUUCUCAUUUAUGAUGUUGGAGAGCAGAUCGCCGUGCCACGGACUGACGAGUGGACACGCUUCGUCAGGACACUCGCAGAGAUUAAUGAAAACCGCGAGGAUGCCGAGGAGCUCGUGGCCCAGCGCAUCCCGACCUAAUCAUCACAAAUUUAGUGCCAUUCCACAAACAAAGCAAAGUAAUAGUAAUUCAAAAGCAUGUGCAUCCACACAAGGCAGAAGACAAUGCCAAGAUUAUGAAGACUUCAUUUAUCCGAAAAGUUUGUAUGAUUUUCCAACUUUUGCCUUUUCUGUAAGUAUGAGAAUGUAGUGAGAGUGAUGGGAAUGAUAAUGAAGUUCAGCAACCAGCAGUUUUCUAUUCUCUUCCAGUACCGGGAGCCUUAAAAUUGUCAGGUAGAAAUCCAUCAGAAACACAGUUUAAAGUUUUACUCCUGCUGGUAUUUACACCCGAGCUCUUUAUCCCACUUGAAGGGAUCUCAAACGUCAAUCAAUUAUAAAGUAUUGCACAGAGCCUGUUCUUUUCAUUUCGCUGUCUGACUGGAGUCUUGAGUGCAUUCAUUAAUUCACAGCUGUAAUUUUAAAAUGAAAGCAUCAUUGUGAUGCAGGUUUGUAAAAUUAAAACCCUAAUGUCUAGAAAGUUGUCUAAGUACUGCACUUUGAAACACUGGGCAUAAAAACACUCCACAUGAGAAACCAAAGAUGUUGAGUUUUUUUGACAGUAUCACGUAUCGCCGGUAUUCAAAAUGGCUGACAAUUAAUUCCACACAAAAAUAACCAGGUGUUUUUGUGCAUUUGUCAUUCUGUCAUUAAAAACGAAGCCGUUCGUUGUCUUCUCACUAAAGUUAACAUCAGAGGAGCGAUGCCGAAUUUAUGAACGCACUCCUGAUUAGCGUAGCAUUGUGGGGCAGCUACAGCCAAGACUCCAGGUCUAACUCUAAAUUCUGGUUAUUGAUUUGUCUUCAUUCUCACAAAUAUACUACAUUUAUUUUGCAGUGAGAUGCAUAAUAAAUGUCUUCUUCCACUUUUACAGUUCCAUUUGUAACCUGUAUGACUGGUGCUUCUCUUCAGCCUCUUUGAAUGUUUGUACAACUCGAUAAAUUCUUCUUUCUGAAUCCA